CGUAAUUUUGUUGCGUUAUUUUGAAAUCGUGUCCAAGUUUUCUCAAUUAUUUACAAUUCCCUCAUCUGCUUUGAUAAAAGAAAGAUAGAUCCCUUUGAGCCGGGUUCAGGAACAGCGACUAUAAACAGUUAAAGAUAACGAUAUGGCAUCCACCAGCACUUCAGGAACACUGGGUCAAAUGGCUAAACCAGAAUACAGGAACUGGCUGGCACUCGGUCAUGCCUUGACAACUGUUUUGUGCCAGGGUCUUCGUCCGUUUGUAACGCAAGAGGUGGAGGCCUUGCAUAGGUAUGUAACGGCAAGAGUACCCACACCUUGCACGUGUGUACAUGUCCCGAGAAGGAGACCAAAUGAGUACCACGACAUGCGCAAAUGUAUAGGGGCACAAGUCUUGGCCGCCUGUCACCACAGGUGCAAACCAAACUGGAAACAAAGUGAUCCGGCCAAAUGGAUGGACCCACUGCUUGGUCCGUGGGAGAUUGCAAAACUCUUCCUUCCCUAUCUGGGUGGACAUGUUAAUAUCCGGAGUGCAGACGACAUGGACAUAAAUGGUAUCUUGAACUUAAUGUACUGGUGCAAUCAUUUCACCAUUCCUCAAUCCCUAAUCAAGGAUGUUAGAGAUAUAAGAAAUGAAGGAAGCGCUCACACGACGAAGCUUGAGAUAUCUGAUGCUGCUAAGACAGCCGCUUUUGAUGCUAUCGAAAAAUUGCUAAAUGAUAGUCAGCUGGCUGCAGAUGAAGACGCAAAAAAAGCUCUCGGAGAAGUUAUUAGUCUCAAAAGCAUUACAGACUUGCACAGUAGAGAGGCUCAGAUUUUGGCCGACUUAAAAGAAGUUAUACAUGAAAAUAUGUUGAGCUUGACGGAGGAGUCUGAAAGAAACAGAGUGCUGGUUACAGAGCUGCAAGAGCAGCAGGAAUUUUUGGAGAUGGUUGUGGAGGAUCUGACCCAAGAAAACAAGUCCUGGAUAGUGAGAAUAGCCGAGUGGAUCUUGGAGCUUAUGAUCUUUACGUUCGGAAUCCUCUUUGCGCUCAUAAAAGGUUUCAGGACGGAAAUUCUAUUUAUGUUCCUGUUUUCAACCUUCUGUGCCGUUCUGGAUUAUGACACACUGAUUAAAGACGGAUGUUCCAUUAAACAAUACGAAGAUCGGUGGACCCGGAAGCAUUUUGACUUUGACGACUUCGCUACUACAUCGAGAGCAGGUUUCAUCGGAAGACAGUGGUUAUAUCGUGAUAUAGAAGAGCUUAGGGAGAAUUUAAGCAACCGUGGCGUAUUGCUUGUUGGAAAUCCUGGUUCUGCCAGUUUCAGAUAAAGAAGUCGUGUCGAAUCAGUUUAAAUUACAAGAGUUAACCUGAUUAAGGAAGGCAUGUUUGCCAAUAUCUAUGGUGGAACCGUGAUCUCUUGUUCAACCAACCUUAAUGGGGCAAAACUGAUUGCACCGCCUUGAAGGAGGUAUUUUGGAACUGAAUCUAUCAGUCAUUGGGACUGAAUUUCUUUAGAUCUCACGUGAAGAGUGAAUAAUGAUUAGCACUUUAUAAGUACUGAAGAUCAAAGGGGUUUCAGCUGAACCUUAUUGCACAAGUUUUAUUCUGACUGUGGCAAUUGCUGUGGUAAAAAGUUUGAGGAUUGGUUAUUUUUCUGCUCUAAUCAUUUACCAUCAAAUAACUUUUGUAUUGUAUUCAGAAAAGGAGCUGUGUUUUAAGCCUACUUUAGCAACCUCAGCUAGAGGAAAUUCAAUCAAUAUCUUGAAACUUGAGAAACUUGACUAAAUUCAAGAAUAACUGUUUUUAUCUAAUUAAAUUCUUUUUACAAAACUCUUUCUUUUAGUAGUGUGUGGAUAAUUCACGGCCUUUAAUUCCAAUCAAAAUCGCUUAAAUGGGUUUUGAAAUGACACGAGUCCAAAUCUAAAUUCCUUGUGUUUCAAUUUUCAUUGAAAGGUAAACGGAACAUCGACCAUUCUUAAAAUGCUUUAGUGUUACCGUAUUUCCUCUAAUAAGCGCCCGGGCGCUUACUUAAAAUUUCGGCAAGCAACCAGGACCCUUAUUCGGAGGAGGGCGCGUAAUUGAUGGGGCGCUUCUUCAAUACUGUAUCUUUAUUUUGGCUAAAUCUUGAAAGGAAAAACAGUAACCAUAAAAUUAUCGAUCCACGUAGACAGAAAGUCCAUAUUAACAUCUUUUCUUUGUUUAAACAAUAGGGGAAACACUUAUUUGCUUAACAAGCUGACAGGGAAGAAACUAAGAAUAUAUGACGAUAAAACCAAUAGGUCUUUACAAAGUAAAGCAUGUGUAUGACGCCGGCAGUUCAAACCUUGUUGGUAAAAUUUCGAUUGAGCUCUUACUCCUUAUAAUCGUGGAAUCGAUUUGUCCCAGAAGGUUAGAUAUAUAAUGGUGUAGUUGUGCCUAGAAAAUUAUUGGAUCGGAAAGGAAGCUAUACUCUUUUACUGAGUCCUCUGCAGUUGAUGGUUACAAAGUUAUGAAUAAAUUGACAAUAGAGACAGGGCAUUUUUUUAUAUCCCUACAAUGUUGAGAAAGCGAGGCAAGACAUGGGGAGUGCUUACUUGAUAUUUUGGUCUCAGGGGUGGGCACUUAUUCGGGAGAGGGCGCUUAUUUGAGCGUGGGUGCUUAUUCGAGGCGAUACGGUAAUUGCUAUUAAAUUGAAUUAUAUCUUUGCUGUUUUCAGCAGAUGAUACGAACGCUUGUGUCACGGUUUUCCAAAUUUCGAAUUAGAUAACUUUUCUUAGAAGAUCCACAUUACUGAAUAGUCUAUGACGAGGUUAAAGUCUUCUCAUCAAAUCAAGCUUUAAGUGUCCUUUCGAGUUUCAGUUUUUUUUAUUUCGCAGUUCGAUUUUGUAACAAUUUUCUACCUUUGAGUUUUCAACUCCUGGCUUAUAAAAUCUUAAUUAAUUGGCCAAAGACUGACAAUGCGCUCGCCGUUUCCUUUUUAAUUCAAGAACCCGUGGUGUUUCACCAUUGUUUCAAACUGUUACAGACUGGAGUCUUCAACUCUUAUAUAAACAGUUGCAGAACGAACCUAUUUAGUCCUCGAUUUUAUUCGUGGUGUCCCUGUCCUGCGUAUAAUAGCAAUAUCUUAAUCACUUCACAAUACUAACGCUUCAGCUGGCUCUUCUGUCAUUCAGCUCUGAA